AUAGGAAACCGGGAGAUGUGGUGCUACCGCCACCCUACCUCUCAGCGAGGAUUCGGCCCCUGUAGCUAGAGGAUCCACCUGCGCACGCGCACAGUCUCCAGCCGGCCAUUUCUGCAAGCGUGUAUUCCCUCCCUCACCGAGAGCGCGCGGAAGCCGCACGCACGCCUGCCCGGGGACGCGCACGCACGCGCGCCCCGCCCCGCCCCGCGAGGCCCGGGUUGUCUAGGCUCCGGGAGGUAAUGCCCCGGAAGGCGGGGCGGGUGGAAGAGGCCGAGGAGGACGGCCCUGAAGAGGACGGCCGCGAGGAGGCGGGCGUCGAGGAGUCCGGCCCGGAAGAGUCGGACCCGGAGGAGCCUGGCGCCGCGGAGGAGAUGGAGGCCGGGCGGCCGCGGCCGGUGCUGCGCUCGGUGAACUCGCGCGAGCCGUCCCAGGUCAUCUUCUGCAACCGCAGCCCGCGCGUCGUGCUGCCCGUGUGGCUCAACUUCGACGGCGAGCCGCAGCCCUACCCGACGCUGCAGCCCGGCACCGGCCGCCGCAUCCACAGCUACCGAGGUCACCUUUGGCUCUUCCGAGAUGCAGGGACAUACGAUGGGCUGCUGGUUAACCAGACUGAACUCUUUGUGCCAUCUCUCAAUGUCGAUGGACAGCCUAUCUUUGCCAACAUCACACUGCCAGUAUACACCCUGAAAGAGCGAUGCCUCCAGGUUGUCCGGAGCUUAGUCAAGCCUGAGAAUUACAGGCGACUGGACAUCGUGAGAUCGCUCUACGAAGAUCUGGAAGACCACCCGAAUGUGAGGAAAGACCUGGAGCGGCUGACGCAGGAGCACAUUGAAAAUCAGCAGGUGGAAGAGGAGACUGCAGAUUUUAACUGAAACUUGUGCUCUUGAGUCUCAGCUUUUGAUGGCACUGACUCGUCUUGACCUAGGUAUGGGACUGCUCACUUAUUCUCGGUCUCCAGGUGUCUCAUGCUUGGAGUAGAAACUGCUGCAUUGCUUACCAGAAAGUUAGCUGACUUCACUGGGCGUGAUGUUUAGGGGCAAAUAUCACAAAAUGUAAUUUAGUGCCUGCUCCUUCUGGAAGUAUUUAUCAAGGGAAAGUAGGUGCAUUUUUGCUUCCUAGUAAGUCAGGAAAGUUUCUGUGUAAGGACUUUUGUGUGAGUAAUUCAAUGAGAAUUGCAGCAUCUUCUUUAAUUAUAAGAAAGCAGUGGCAUCUGCUUAUAAUUGCUUAUAAUGAUUGAUGAUGUAUCCACCUCCUGCUCUGAGAAGACCGGGAUGGCCUUGAGGCAGGGACACGUCUGUCUCCUGUUUGAGACCCCAGUGCCUCACACACUAUGAGCCUUUAGUCAGUGUUUGUUGAAUGAACAAACCAGUGAAUAUGUGGGUAGAAAAUGUUUGGAGGUUUUGCCCUUUUGUCGGGGAGGAGGAGGGACCUUAAAGUGUGUACAGUAAACACAUGUCUUAAAGGGAAUCAUUUUGGGGCCAGGCCUGUGGUGUAGUGGUUGAGUUUGGUGCUCAACUUUCGUGGCCCAGGUUUGCAGGUUUGGUUCCUGGGUGGGGACCUAGCACCACUCGUCAAGCCACGGUGUGGUGGCAUCCCACAU